AAAACAACACAUGGCGACCCGUCGACAACAAGCACUUUUGGCCCGGCCUGUUCAAAGCAGUGAUCCGGCAGUUGUGCAGCAAAAAUGCCUGGUCAAAAGGCAUAUCCACGGGCGACAGUCAAGAAGAUUGUCAAGGCCCACGCUAACUGCAAUGUUAGCAAGAACGUCGAUGUCAUGAUCUAUCUGGAUUAUGUUUUAUUCAUGCAGACCCUCAUGAAAGAGGCUACCAUCAAAGCCAAGCAAGGGGGUGAACGGGGCAUCACAGGUCGGAGUGUCAAGAAGGUCACUGCGGACACUCUUGCAAAGUUCAAGGGUUGAGGUCGUAACAGCACACUGGUUACCCCCGCAGUCAGAGCGAUUCAGUUGGAGGUGAAGCAAACGGGAUAAUGACCUAUCGGUAUUUAAUAAGGCAUGAGUGCAUAGACUUGUACACGUUCCCAUUCGUGGACGUGGUGACAACAGUCUCAUACAUGAUAUGAAUGGAAAAAUCAACGUUCAUGGCCAUUUCAGGCAUGACCAGUGGAAAAUACCAUGGUAUGGAUAUUUACAUUUUGUGAAAUACAAUACUGUACUGACCGCCCCUGUGAUGG